CAUAAAUAGUUCGACGCACCAUACGCGCUACGUCACUACGGGAACCCCGAAGCGGAAGUCAACACGUGGGGUUGAAGAAAAGAACGGUUUUGUUUCUCCUGGAGCUGAACGUUCUCCUUCUCCCUCCUCCUCCUCCUCUUCAUCAUGGCUGUCAGAGCCUCCUUCGAGAAGAACAACGAGAUCGGCUGCUUCGCCAAACUCACCAACACCUACUGCCUCGUGGCCAUCGGAGGCUCCGAAAACUUCUACAGCGUGUUUGAAGGCGAGCUGUCAGAAACCAUCCCCGUGGUUCACGCCUCCAUCGCCGGAUGUCGGAUCAUCGGCAGGAUGUGUGUCGGGAACCGCCAUGGCCUGCUGGUGCCCAACAACACGACUGACCAGGAGCUGCAGCACAUCAGGAACUCCCUGCCGGACGCCGUGCGGAUCCAGCGGGUCGAGGAGCGGCUGUCUGCGCUGGGCAACGUGGUGGCCUGCAAUGACUACGUGGCGCUGGUCCACCCGGACCUGGACCGGGAAACGGAGGAGAUCCUGGCCGACACGCUGAAGGUGGAGGUGUUCCGUCAGACGGUGGCUGAGCAGGUUCUGGUCGGGUCCUACUGUGCCUUCAGCAACCAGGGCGGCCUGGUCCACCCCAAGACGUCCAUCGAGGACCAGGAUGAGCUGUCGUCCCUGCUGCAGGUCCCCCUGGUGGCCGGCACAGUGAACCGGGGCAGCGAGGUGAUCGCGGCGGGGAUGGUGGUCAACGACUGGUGCGCGUUCUGCGGCCUGGACACCACGAGCACGGAGCUGUCCGUCAUCGAGAGCGUGUUCCGGCUCAGCGAGGCGGCGCAGGCGUCCGCCAUCGCCACCAGCAUGAGGGACUCGCUCAUCGACAGCAUGGCGUAAGAAGCUGCUGCCUCAGUUUGCUGCCAUCACGAAGCUCCGCCCCCUAAAGCAGCUGGACCUCAUUCAGAAACAUCUCCGCCUUUUUUCAACCACAUUAACCAGAUCAGAGACGUUGGAGCCUCCAGUCAGGAGGAGGCCACCUUGAUGAGCCGAGACUCAUUCAGAUGAAUCGGUCUGCAGGUUUCUAAGCUGAUUGGACCUGGAUCCACUUUCUGAUUCUGUCGGCUCUGCAGGAGGAACAAAGUGCAGAAAGCUGUGUUUCUGUCAGGAGACACUCAAUAUGUUGGAUGUUUUAUGUGUAAAAUAAAACUGACUGCUCUCUUUU